UUCGCGACACUUCAGGAAGCAUCCACAAACAGCUCCAGAAACGAGCAGGAGUUUGGUGCUUUCUCCUGCUAAGGAGUACAGCAAAAAGAGCACCAUGUUGCCAACCACCAACAGCAACGGCGCCCUCGGUUCUAGAGAUGCUGCACGCCACACGGCAGGCGCAAAACGCUACAAGUACCUGCGGCGGCUGCUCCAUUUCAAACAAAUGGAUUUCGAUUUUGCCCUGUGGCAGAUGCUUUACUUGUUCACGUCGCCACAGAGGGUCUACCGCAACUUCCACUACAGGAAACAGACCAAGGACCAGUGGGCCAGGGACGACCCGGCUUUCCUGGUCCUGCUCAGCAUUUGGCUGUGUGUGUCAACAAUAGGUUUUGGUCUGGUGCUGGACAUGGGAGUGGUGGAGACUCUGAAGCUGCUGCUGUGGGUGGUCUUUGUCGACUGUAUAGGAGUCGGUCUGCUCAUAUCAACCCUCAUGUGGAUCAUCAGUAACAAGUACCUUCUGAAACAUCCCAGCAGAAACUUUGAUGUGGAGUGGGGCUACGCAUUUGAUGUUCACCUCAAUGCCUUCUACCCUCUUCUUGUCAUCCUGCAUUUCCUGCAGCUCGUCUUUAUUAACCAUGUGGUGGUGAUAAACUCCGACUGGUUCGUGGGAUACUUUGUCGGGAACACUUUGUGGCUGAUUGCCAUUAGUUAUUAUCUCUACAUCACUUUCUUAGGGUACAACGCUCUCCCCUUCCUGAAGAACACCGUGGUGCUGCUCUACCCCUUUGCUCUGCUCGGCCUCAUAUACGUCCUCUCCGUCUCUCUGGGCUGGAAUUUCACUCAGGGUCUCUGCUGGUUUUACAAGUACAGAGUCCAGUAGGACCAGUUUUUCUUUGACAUGGACAUCAGGUGGCUCCUGGCUGAUUUAAGAGCUGUUUUCAACUCACAUCAAGGUGAAAUCAAAUCUUUUUCCAGCUUCUGUAGGUCAACAUCUGCUUGGGAAGGACUCUGGUUGACUCUCAGUAAACUGGGACGCUGAGCUUUUGCUCUUAUUAAUGUUUGGCUCUUGUUUUGAGCUUCACAGUCGGAUGAGUUACAGAAACGGGGACAGACGAGGCAGACUUUUAUUGUUCUUUUUGUAUGAUUUGUAAAUAGUAUUCUGGCAGGUUGUAAUAUAUAAACAGAUGAUUGUGUCUGAAGAGAAAAAUUUGCUUUGUUUCUUUGAGUUUUCUUAAAAAAUGACUAAAAAAAAAAUCUAACUCUGCUUAUUGAAGAGAAAAAAGGAAAGUGGAGGAACAUUGGGUGGGAACUUUUUUUCCCUUUUCUUUUUUUCUUAAAGUGUACACUCCAGAGCACUUUCAAUAAAAGGUUUUAUUAAUUUA